UCAAAGAACAUAUAAUCAUGCCCGCUAUCUUCAGCUACCCGUGAACAAGAUGCAUGUAACUGCGUCGACAUAUCGGGAACUUGAAAACAAUACACUAGGUUAACCACGGUCCAUAUCCCGGUCAAUAUAGUCUAGUGUAACUACCUAGCCGUGAAUCGUUCAAAACUAUUAAUUAACCUUCCUCUUGUUUGACAGGUAAGUAGUGGGCAGAGGUAUUUUGUUGCGACGGCGGGGCACCUCGCUGUAGACUCCUUCUUUGUGCUGAGUGGACUGCUACUGGUCUACACCACUGCCGGCAAAACAGAGACAUUGUCGCUGAGCAACCUGCCCCGGUUCUACCUGAUCCGCUACGUGCGUUUGUUCCCGUUGCUGGCGGCGGCCGUGCUGCUGCGGGCCGCCGAGCCACGCGUUUACGACGGGCCCACGGCGGUGGACUACGCUCAAGAGUCUGUUCGUUGCCGCAAGUACUGGUGGAGCGCUCUGCUGCAUGUGCAGAACAUUGUCAACCCGAGCGAAUUGUGCAUGGGUCACAGCUGGUACCUGUCGGUGGACAUGCAACUGUACGUGGUGUCGGCGCUGCUGCUGUGCGCGGCGGGCGCGGCGCGCGCCGACAUGCGGGUGCGCCGACGCGUCUGGACCGCGCUCGGCGCCACCGUGCUGGCCGCCCUGGCCGCCACGCUAGCCUUCUGUUUCUAUUACAACUUUUCUAGCUCGAUAACGGAUUCACCGCGCAACUGGAGCUUGGAGUCAACAACUGUCUACUGGACGUGGUAUUACUAUAACCCUAUAGUGCGCUCCCCUCCCUUCUUCAUCGGGAUGCUGCUCGGGUACAGCCUUUACAUCCUCAAGAAGGAAAAACUUCAUUUACCGAAGUGGAGCAUCUGGCUAUGCUACACUGGGGCAUUAAUGUUGUCCUUGCUGGUGAUGUUGGCUGAGCACCCGGGCACGCGCGCGUUCUUCCACGAGCACCAGGCGGCUCUGAACGCCAAGCUGGCCCUGUACCGGUCCUGCUGGGCGCUGGCGCUCAGCUGGCUCAUCUUCGCAUGCACUCUGGGCUAUGGAGGUCCCGUGAACUGGUUCCUGUCGCUGGGGCUGUGGCGGUACGUGGCGCGCGCCUCGUACGCGAUGUACUUGUACGGCAACAUCAUCAUACAGGAGGAGCCGGACGCCACCGGCGGCGUCAACUACUUUGACAUGCGCACACUGCUAUGGAGGUUCUUCGCCAACGCGGUGGUCGCGGUGGCGCUGUCGGCGGCGCUCAUCGUGCUGGUCGAGGCGCCGAUGUACACGUUCCUAGCGCCGCUCCUGAAGCCCCGCACUACCCACAAGUCAUAACAAUUUGAUUUAUAUUCAAUAAAUAAAUCAAAUAACAAAAAUAAUAACACCUAUUUCAAUUUGGACCCGGGUACGUCCUUAAACUACGUCCAAAAGAGAUCUACGUCAUCUCGCUUAGUGUGGUAGGGCACAGCACAGCGGAUGUUAUUCCAGAUCUAGAGCAGAGCCCAACUGGGGAAGUACCUCCACCUAACAGAAAACCGCAGCCAAAUAACACUAGACCCUACUCAUAGUGUUGUGUUCCUGCCGGUAAGUAAGGUUGCCAGAGCUCAACGAGGGGGAGGAGGGGUUUAGGGUCGGCAACGCGCAUGUA